ACGGUCGGUGCUCGGUAGCACGAGCGCAUGUGAGGGAGGGGCGCUUAAGCAGUGACGAAUCUCCGCAGUCAGCUGCUGUGAGUGCGAAGCACCGCUCUGCCAGAGACAGUAAGAGGAGAGGGAGGAGAAGAUAUAGCACACGGGCGAACACUUAGGAGCAUCAUGGCACCAAUUGGAUUAAAGGCGGUCGUUGGCGAAAAGAUUAUGAAUGAUGUCAUCAAGAAGGUGAAGAAGAAGGGAGAAUGGAAGGCUUUGAUUGUGGACCAGCUCAGCAUGAGGAUGCUGUCCUCUUGCUGCAAAAUGACUGAUAUCAUGACAGAGGGCAUCACUAUUGUUGAAGACAUUAAUAAGCGAAGAGAGCCUCUCCCUUCAUUGGAGGCCAUUUACCUGAUCACCCCAACUGAGAAGUCUGUGCAGACUCUCGUCGGUGACUUCAAAGAUCCCCAUUCAGCGAAAUAUAAAGCGGCUCAUGUGUUCUUCACUGACUCUUGCCCGGACCCCCUGUUUAAUGAUGUGGUGAAGAGCCGUGCCUCCAAAACCAUUAAAACCCUAACUGAGAUCAACAUCGCCUUCCUGCCCUAUGAGUCCCAGGUGUUCUCCUUGGACAACCCUGAUGCCUUCCAGAGUUUCUACAGCCCUCAUAAGACACCGCUGAAGAACCCUGUGAUGGAACGGUUGGCAGAGCAGCUGGCAACACUGUGUGCCACACUGAAGGAAUACCCUGCCGUCCGAUACCGAGGGGAGUAUAAAGAUAAUGCCACUCUGGCUCAGUUGCUUCAGGACAAACUGGACGCCUACAAGGCAGAUGAUCCCACAAUGGGGGAGGGUCCAGACAAGGCUCGCUCUCAGCUCAUUAUUCUGGACCGAGGUUUCGACCCUGUCUCUCCUGUCUUGCACGAGCUCACCUUCCAGGCUAUGGCCUAUGACCUGCUGCCCAUCGAGAAUGAUGUCUACAAGUAUGAUACCAGUGGGAUGGGAGACUCCCGCGAGAAGGAAGUGCUACUGCAUGAAGACGAUGACCUCUGGGUGGCACUACGGCACAAACAUAUUGCUGAGGUCUCACAUGUGCCAAGCAUAAUUUAUGACGUGUGCUCUGUCACCCGGCAGGAUCUCGCUAUGGGAACAGACGCAGAGGGCGAAAAGAUUAAAGACCCCAUGAGGGCCAUUGUGCCAAUCUUGCUGGACGCCAACGUCAGCACCUACGACAAGAUCCGCAUCAUCCUGCUUUACAUUUUCCUCAAGAAUGGGAUCACGGAGGAGAACCUUAACAAGCUGAUUCAACAUGCCCAGAUCCCUCCUGAGGACAGUGAGAUCAUCACCAAUAUGGCUCAUCUGGGUGUCCCAAUCAUCACGGAUUCUACUCUCCGCAGAGGCAAGAAGCUCGAUCGUAAGGAGCGUGUGAGCGAGCAGACAUACCAGCUUUCUCGCUGGACCCCACUCAUCAAGGACAUCAUGGAGGAUGUUAUCGAAGACAAGCUGGACACCAAACAUUAUCCGUACAUCUCAACACGCUCGUCCUCUUCCUUCAGCACUUCUGCAGUCAGUGCCCGAUAUGGCCACUGGCACAAGAAUAAAACCCCUGGAGAGUACCGUACGGGCCCUCGCAUCAUGGUCUUCAUUAUUGGGGGCGCGUCCUUUAGCGAGAUGCGCUGUGCCUAUGAGGUCUCACAGGCUAAUGGCAAAUGGGAGGCCAUCGUUGGUUCGACCCAUAUCACCGGCCCCACCCCGCUUCUGGACGCCCUCAAGGCCAUGAACAAACCCGACGAGGAGCAGACAAGCUAAAAUCACAACUUCCUUCCCCCCAACCCCAUCGCCCAGUUACCCUCUCCCUCCCUUCAUCCGUCGCCAUGUAAAUCACACCCGCUCCUAUAUAAAUUGUGUAUGCAUCUUGCUUGAGAGAAAAUUACAAAUAAAUAGAUGAUUGGUGACAAGUUAAAAAGAAUAUUCUAUAAAUUUAUAUAUAUAAUGUUGAAAUAAAAGAAUCAUUGCAAGUAUUCUUCUGUUUUACAAUGGAUGCAAAUGAUUAGACUGUCAAACUGAGUUUUCGUUUUGCCAUUUAAAACUCUGAAAGUACCAAAUGUAAUAUUGUAUGUCAUGGAACCUGCUAGAAUGCGUAAAUGGUAGAUCACUUUUUGCGUUUGUUCCUUAUUUAACUUGGUGUUUUUUUUUUUAAUGGUUUAAAAGUGGUUGGGGGAGGGACUGGUUUGUAUGCAAAUAGACCAGUGAGGCAAAAU